AUGAUUCUUUCAGAAUUCUACAUCAUUUUCACCAUGCAAAAAGUCAUCAAGGGGCAGGCCAUAACAGAUCACCUGGCUGAGAAUCCGAAAGAAGAUGAUUAUCAGCCACUUCAUACUUAUUUUCCAGAUAAGGAGGUCCUGUUCAUUGGUACAAUGGAAGACAUGAAUGAAAAAUGUUCUGAAUUGAGGCUAUUCUUUGAUGGUGCAUCAAAUUCCUUUGGAGCCGAUAUUGGAGCUGUUCUAGUAUCGCCAGAAGGGAAGCAUUAUCCUGGUUCCGCUAAACUACGAUUUCCUUGUCCUAAUAACAUGGCCGAAUAUGAGGCUUGUAUUUUUGGGUUAAAAAUGGCAUUGGAAAUGGAGGUUAAGGAUUUUCUAGUGUUCAGCGAUUCCGAUUUGCUUGUACAUCAGACUCUCAAGGAGUGGAUCACUCGGGAUUCAAAGAUCUUGCCCUAUCAUUGCAGUUUAUUGGUGUUGGCAAACAAGUUUAGGAGUUUGGAGUUCUGGCAUAUUCCACAUGUCAGAAAUGUCUUUGCCGAUGCUUUGGCCACUUUAUCUUCAAUGAUUCAACAUCCAAACGAGUUGAUAAUCGAACCUAUCCAAAUUCAUCUACAAGAAAAACCUGCUCAUUGCCUAGUUGUGGAAAAAUCUCCCGAUGGCCGUUCCUGGUACAGCGAUAUCAAGAAAUUUUUCAAAACGGGGUCCUAUCCUCUAGGGACCGAUACGACUGCUAAAAGCUUCUUGGAAAAACCCUAA